AUGAGCAGAGAUCUAGCCGGUGAAGUUGAGCGACUAAUACGAUCAUCAAAUGCUUACAUAAAAAAGAAGGCGGCAUUAUGUGCCUUUCAAAUAAUCCGAAAGUCCGGAUACUUUGAAUUACUUUCGCAAGCAAUUAGUUCCAACACUAGUACGUACUUGAAGAAUCUCAUUAUGACGGGUUAUUCCCCUGAUCACGACGUUAAUAAAAUAAGUGACCCAUUUCUGCAGGUGAAAAUACUGAGGCUCAUGCGUGUUCUAGGUCAUGGUGAUAAAGCUGCCAGUGAAGCAAUGAAUGAUAUUCUAGCUCAAGUUGCUACAAAUACUGAGACGAGUAAAAAUGUUGGUCAUGCGAUUCUCUAUGAAAUCGUGUUAACAAUAAUGGGAAUAGAAUCAGAUCCAGGAUUGCGAGUUCUUGCCAUAAAUAUUUUGGGCCGGUUUCUACUAAAUACUGACAAAGACAUUCGCUACGUCGCUCUCAAUACUUUGUUGAGAGUUGUGCAUGCUGAUUCUAAAGCUGUACAGAGACACAGGUUGACAAUAUUGGACUGUUUGAAGGAUCCUGAUGUUUCGAUACAAAGGCGUGCUAUCGAUUUAUGCUUUGCAUUAACAAAUCAUACGAAUGUUUGUUCAAUGGCCAAGGAACUUCUACUUUAUUUACAAAGUUGUGAUAAUGAAUUCAAAGGAGAUGUUUGUUCAAAUAUCUCAAUAGCAGCCGAGAAAUAUGCUCCAAAUAAAAGGUGGCAUGUAGACACCAUGAUGAAAUUGUUAACCACCGCUGGAAACUAUGCUCGGAUGAUGUCGUCUCAUCUCUGUGCUAUGAAUGGAGCCAUGUCUCAACAACCUUUGGUUCAGGUAGCGUGUUGGACAAUCGGGGAAUAUGGCGAUUUGUUGGUUUCGCCGGAACCUUCUGAAGAUAUUCCGAACCCAGUUACUGAAUUAGAAUUGAUUGCUGUGUUACAGCGUGCUCUAGUUAGUGUGACAUCGACAGUGCAAACAAAACAAAUGGUUGUAAACACACUUGUUAAACUAACCACCCGUUUUACUCCAACACAUUUAGAAAAACUAAAAGAGCUCAUUAAGUUUUAUUCGACCAAUGUGAAUCUGGAGCUGCAACAGCGUUCUGUUGAAUACAGCAAAAUUUGCUCGCAACCUAUAAGUAUUCGUAGUGGUUUGCUUGAUUGUAUGCCAGUACUACCAACAAAUGCUUUGUCUGGGACUUCGAAUCCAGAUAACCUGAGUCGUGGAAUUAAUGAAGGUGAUGGUGUCGAAACGGAAGAAGGUAACAUAGGAGCUGCAAAAACUCUGUCACUUAAUGGCUCAACUAAUCAGUCUCAGUCGCUUACCAUUUUCGAUUUAUUGGGUCCAGAAAGCGAAUCGGAUUCUCACAUGACUCAAAACGCAACCACGAAUCAUUCUGAUACUGGGACUAAUUUACUAGAUCUUCUUGAUGUAUUUGCUCCAUCUGAAAUGACAGUGUCUAGCAAUACUCAAAAUGCAACAGGAUUUUCAAGUGAUUUAUUUGGCACUAAAAAUGGUUUUGGUGCCCCUAUUAUUCAGCCUGCUCCUCAGCCUUCUGUCUUGGAUUUCAACUUUGUCAAUGAUUCUGGGCCAGGUUUGACAAAUCAAGUCCCGUCAGUUCCUUCCAUCACGAUAUACAAUUCGAAUGAGAUAAGAAUUGUAUUCAACUUCGUGCCUUCCGCUGUAUUAGAUGGUCAUUUUAACAUAAUUACUAUCCAGUUAGUGGCAACUACUACGAGUCUUCAGCCAAUUGAUUCUUUUGAAUUCCAGGCUGCUGUGCCCAAAUCUUGCCAGUUACAGCUUUUUCCACCAUCAUCUAGUUCUAUUCCAUGUGGCCCUAACUCUACUCCACUAACACAAGUGUUGAAGCUUAGCGUUCCACCGAAGGUACGUCCACGUAUGAAGAUUCGUUUGCAGUUUGUCAAAAACGGUGAGACAAAAACGGACGAGUUUCAACUCGACGAGUUCCCACAAGUAUUGUGGCAGUAA